UGGUGCCAUUUUGGGCCGGCCUACGACGCCCAACUCUGGUCUCGUGGGUCGGAAGGAACCUGCAGAGUUAUUGCAUCGAACUCGGCACCGAAAUUGGAAGUGGGUUGGGCAGAACGUCCUCUGCCCCGUGAAAACUCGCUGAUUGCUUCAAUCCCGCUUUAAGAACUGUCCUCUGGCGAAUCUUUCGCGUGCACCUUCAGUGUUCAGUGCCCCUUUUAGUAAUUUUAUUCACAGAAAUCCCCCCAUAUCAGCUGACAGUUUGGCCUCACUCUAAAUGUAUCCCCUGCUCCCUCUUGUGCAGGUCCAAUGCCGUUGUAUUCCAGACAUCUAAGCUUCAUUGUGGAAAUUUUGCAACAUGCUGCUGCACUUUGUUGCUUUCCCAACUCAUGCACCCGCCUGCUCCCCUAACUUUCUGCCUUUGUGUUACUAAACUUUUCAAUGAUUAUGAGUUUCGGGUCAUCAGUCAGGGUGUGACAAGAUUACGAUUUGCAACCUUAGGGUAAAGCAUUAGGUUUGGCAAAGUACUGCUGCAAUUCUCUCCUCUGGAGCGAUGCGCUCAGCAGGAACGAUGGGUGUACAAGUAUCACUGGUAUGCAUGUUGGUAGCACUACUUUUCUCCCCCGCAGCUGUCAUUGCUUACGACUACAGUGAUGCAUUGUUUAAAUCCCUCAAGUAUUUCGAAGCUCAACGAUCAGGGAAGCUACCAUCCAGCCAACGUGUCUCUUGGCGCGGGGAUUCGGGGAUUAAUGACGGGCAAGAAGAUGGAGUUGACCUUUCGGGAGGUUACUACGAUGCAGGAGACAAUGUCAAGUAUGGUCUGCCGAUGGCGUUUACCAUUACUAUGCUCUCUUGGAGUGUAAUUGAAUACAAAACCCAACUACAGUCAUCUGGCCAGCUUGACUAUGCACUUGAUGCGAUCAGGUGGGGAACUGACUACUUUAUCAAAGCACAUCCAGAACCAAAUGUCCUGUGGGGUGAAGUUGGAGACGGCGCGAGCGACCACGACUGCUGGAUGCGCCCUGAGGACAUGACUACCUCCCGAAAAGCAUAUAAAAUCGACGCAAACAACCCUGGGUCUGACCUUGCUGGGGAAACUUGUGCUGCCAUGGCUGCCGCCUCCAUCGUAUUGAAGUCCUCUGAUCCGGAAUAUUCAGCCACCCUCCUUCGGCAUGCAAGGGAGCUCUUCACUUUCGCUGACACCUACCGGGGAUCUUACGACAACAGCAUUCCUAUUGCGGCGAAAUUUUACAAAUCUUGGAGCGGUUUCAACGAUGAAUUGCUGUGGUCUGCCUUGUGGUUGCAUCAAGCCACCGGAGAAGACUCGUUCCUGCAGUAUGUCUGCAAUUAUGCGGCAGACUUGGGUGGAACUGGCUUUGCGAUGGAUCAGUUCAGCUGGGACAACAAGUACGUCGGCGUGCAGCUCAAAGCAACUAAGUUGUUGCUGGAUGGAAAGGUCGACCCGGCCUACAUUCCCACUCUCCGUCUUUACCAAAUCAAGGCGGAGUACUUCCUCUGUGCCGCGCUCCAGAAAAACGCCGGAGCACAAAUCACCAAGUCUCCAGGGGGCCUGUUCUGGAUCGCGGACUGGAACAACAUGCAAUACGUCACAACUGCAGCGUUCCUCCUCACGCUUGCAUCUGACUACUACGAAAGUGCACACACAUCCCUCAGCCAUUGCACAUCUGCGGUGACAAACUCGGAGUUGCUAGCUGCUGCGAAAGGACAGGUGGAUUACGUUUUGGGUAAUAACAACAGAGGCCAAAGCUUCAUGAUCGGGUUUGGAAACUCGUACCCGCAGCGAGUCCACCAUCGUGCUGCUUCAAUAUCGGAGCCUGUGGGGUGCAAGGAAGGGUUUGACAGAUUUUUCUACACUCAGAAUAGCAACCCGCACAUUAUUGAAGGUGGAGUUAUCGGCGGACCUGAUGCGAAUGACAACUAUAACGACCAACGCACCGAGUUCUCCAUGUCUGAGCCUGCCCUUUACAACACGGCGCCACUCGUCGGAACUUUAGCCCGCUUGAGUGUUGGCAGCGACUUGGCUUCUUCUUUUCUGGAGGAUACCAUCACCGCAGUGGAUACUCUAGUGGGCGCUGUAUUUGCAAGCAGGCCAAGCCAGGGAACUGCUGGGAUCAUGUCAACUCAUGAGAGUCGGCAAACGAGGGGUCGCCCAGUUCGGAAGCCCAGCCAUACUGCUGACUGCAUUACUAUCACGCAAUAUCUCGUGGAGAAGUGGGGUUCCGGCAGGCACGUCUAUUUCAAGAAUGCCGGGAAAAUCACAAACAACUGCAAGAAAGCGAUUACAGGUACUAAGUUCGUGGUCCAUAAUUUGUAUGGACCUCUUUGGGGGUUACACAAGGAAACUGAGUGUGGCAACAUGUAUACUCUCCCCGACACGAUGACUACUUUGAAACCCGGGGAGUGCGUCGAUUUUGCUUACAUUCAGGAGCGACCCUCGAAGGCAAAAAUUUUCGUUCAAGAAGCUUGUCCGACUUGUGCUGUGGACCAGUAGGUUUCAUUUCGUGAUUUUUCAUCAUGGUGCUGCUGUUCGCAUGCAAGGUAUGGUAGCAAAUUAUUUAAGGCCAUCUGUAGGGAUAUACGUUGCGCAGAGUUGUGAAGGUCUUGAGAGGUUAAGUUUCUUGUAUGAUCUUGUAGAGCAGCUAAUUAUUCCUCAGUCAUUGAAUUUGGUUUAGAUGUUCUGAGCUGCUGCAUGGUGGCCGAACUUCGUUUGAUUGUGUUCUGUUGGCGACUGAGGUGCUCAUUACGCCUGACAAGUGUUUUACUUUUAUUCUGCACGCAACCAAUGGUUCGUGAUUUUUCUAUUAAAUGCCUGGGAGUCCAUGGUAUAUUUGAGUUGGUA